CGGAGGCGCAGCGGGCGAUGACGUAGAGGGACGUGCCCUCUAUAUGAGGUUGGGGAGCGGCUGAGUCGGCCUUUUCCGCCCGCUCCCCCCUCCCCCCGAGCGCUGCUCCGGCUGCACCGCGCUCGCUUCGAGUUUCAGGCUCGUGCUAAGCUAGCGCCGUCGUCGUCUCCCUUCAGUCGCCAUCAUGAUUAUCUACCGGGACCUCAUCAGCCACGAUGAGAUGUUCUCCGACAUCUACAAGAUCCGGGAGAUCGCGGACGGGUUGUGCCUGGAGGUGGAGGGGAAGAUGGUCAGUAGGACAGAAGGUAACAUUGAUGACUCGCUCAUUGGUGGAAAUGCCUCCGCUGAAGGCCCCGAGGGCGAAGGUACCGAAAGCACAGUAAUCACUGGUGUCGAUAUUGUCAUGAACCAUCACCUGCAGGAAACAAGUUUCACAAAAGAAGCCUACAAGAAGUACAUCAAAGAUUACAUGAAAUCAAUCAAAGGGAAACUUGAAGAACAGAGACCAGAAAGAGUAAAACCUUUUAUGACAGGGGCUGCAGAACAAAUCAAGCACAUCCUUGCUAAUUUCAAAAACUACCAGUUCUUUAUUGGUGAAAACAUGAAUCCAGAUGGCAUGGUUGCUCUAUUGGACUACCGUGAGGAUGGUGUGACCCCAUAUAUGAUUUUCUUUAAGGAUGGUUUAGAAAUGGAAAAAUGUUCUUGCUCUGUCGCCAGGCUGGAGUGCAGUGGCACGAUCUCGGCUCACGGCAACCCCCACCUCCCGGGUUCAAGUGAUUCUCCCACCUCAGCCUCCCGAGUAUCUGGAACUACAGGCACGCACCACCAGGCCCAGCUAAUUUUUGUAUUUUCAGUAGAGACAGGUUUCACCAUGUUGCCCAGGACGGUCUUUAUCUCUUGACCUCGUGAUCUGCCUGCCUCGGCCUCCCAAAGUCUGGGAUUACAGGUGUGAGCCACCAUGCCCAGCCAGCGUACACAUUUUUUAAAUGUUUUCUGUGACAUGGGAGCCUUCGUAAGGAAAUGAGGACCCAAAGAAACAGGUGAGCUUGUGUAUUUUUCUGUUUUGGUUUAAUGAAGAGUGAACAGUUGUGCAAAAGUAUUAGACAAAGCGGAUGAUCUAAUGGUAAACUGGGGGGAACUUAGCAAGGCCUGUUUGUUCAGAUUCUUCUCUGUGUUUCUGUGUCUUCAGAGAUGAGGAUAUUUAUUUUCCCUGGGUAUAUGGAGGGUACCUCUCGAAUGAGAGUAAUUUCUUUCUUUCUUUCUUUGAGACAGGGUCUCACUGUGUUGCCCAGGCUGAAGUGAAGUGCUGUGAUCAUAAUUCCCCGUAGUCUCAAACUCCUAUGCUCAAGAGAUCCUCCCAACUCAGCCUCCCAAAGUGUUAUGAUUACAGGCGCCAGCCACUGUGCUGAGCCUACACCACACCUACUGAAACAGAAUAUUCAGCAUUUAAUAUUUCGGGUUUUUUGAGAGAGAGUCUCACUCUGUCACCCAGGCUGGAGUGCAGUGGUGCAAUCUUGGCUCACUACAACCUCUGCCUCCUGGGUUCGAGUGAUUCUCCCGCCUCAGUCUCCUGAGUAGCUGGGAUUACAGGUGCCCACCACCACGCCUGGCUAAUUUUUGUAUUUUUAGUAGACACGGUUUCGCCGUGUUGCCCAGGCUGGUCUUGAACUCCUGGCCUCAAGUGAUCUGCCCGCCUCAGCCUCCCAAAGUGCUGGGAUUACAGGCAUGAGCCACCGUGCCCAGCCAGAAUAUCCAGCAUUUUAAAAACCCUUCUGGGAUUUCAGCUCCCUGCUGGGGAUUGAGGAACCACUAUUGUAGCAGGAAGCAUGGGAAGGAAAUGAGCUCAUGAGAUAAAGGAAAACAGCUCAGGCAGCUGGCUUGUGGUUACUGCCCUCUUGCUAAAGCAACAUAUAAAGCGCCAGAGUGGAAAGGAAUCUAAUGCGCCUGUCCAGUGCUCAGCACCCUUGACUUCCGUCCCUCUUAACCACAGUGCGUGAAGGCCCUGCAGUUCCCCAGGUAUCGCUUGGCCUCAUUUUCCACAUUGUAUGUUAAUGCAAUAAUUUUGUUUUGUUUUGUUUUGUUUUUUGAGACGGAAUCUCGCUGUGUCGCCCAGGCUGGAGUGCAGUGGCGUGAUCUGGGCUCACUGCAAGCUCCCCCUCCCAGGUUCACGCCAUUCUCCUGCCUCAGCCUCCCGAGUAGCUGGGACUACAGGCGCCUGCCACCACGCCCGGCUAAUUUUUUGUAUUUUUAGUAGAGACGGGGUUUUACCGUGUUAGCCAGGAUGGUCUUGAUAUCCUGACCUCAUGUUCCUUGCCCUCAGCCUCCCAAAGUGCUGGGAUUACAGGUGUGAGCCACUGCGCCCAGCCAACGCAAUAAUAUUUUAAUGCAGCCUAAACUGACAUUUGCUUCUUUUGGGUAAUAUCAGACAGGAGAUUUGUCUUGAAUUUCUGCCAGCUAAAACUUGUCUUCAUGCUUGCUGCUGAAACCAGGUCUGCCCCAUCCACACACUGGUGCAGUUGGAUUUUGGACUCACACGCAGGAACUUACACUGUGAUACCUUUUUCUCACUUUGCAUACCAGAUGUCUCAGCAUCCGAUGUGUACUUUAGACAUGUUCCUUCCUAAUUCCUUUUUCUUUUCUUUUUUUUUUUUCAUUCUAUUUUAGCUCGGCUAAAACAAAUAAAAGAUAAGCGUCUGCAUCAAUUUGGCAGACUUACAAGAAAAAAAGGCAUUCUUUCCAUUUUGGAAGAAGGCAUGUGGAAUUAGUACUAUGCAGUGGUGGUAUUUUGAAAUCUGGGUUCUAAUAAAAGCCCAACCACUUGCUGUGAGAACUCCAGCAUCUUAACCUCUCUAAGCCUCAGUAUCUCCAUCUAGAAAACAGAAACUCAUACUUACCUCAUCGGCUGAUUUGGUAAGUAGAGGCUAUCAUAGGAGUGCCUUUACCAUGAGAAAUUCUUACAAUACUGGUCUCUACUCUGAAUCAGUGCAAAAUACAGGAUGCCUGUUCACAUUCUCUGACUUUUGUGUAGCCUUGGGAAACUGCAUCAUGAAUAUGUUUUAGGGGUCAGGCGCAGUGGCUCACACCUGUAAUCCCAGCACUUUGGGAGGCCGAGGCGGGCGGAUCACAAGAUCAGGAGAUUGAGACUAUCCUGGCUAACACGGUGAAACCCUGUCUCUACUAAAAAUACAAAAAAUUAGCCGGGCAUGGUGGUGGGCGCCUGUAGUCCCAGCUACUCGGGAGGCUGAGGCAGGAGAAUGGUGUGAACCCGGGAGGUGGAGCUUACAGUGAGCCAAGAUCGUGCCACUGCACUCCAGCCUGGGCGACAGAGUGAGACUCCGUCUCAAAAAAAAAAAAAAAAAAAAAGAAUAUGUUUUAGGCCGGGCGCAAUGGCUCACGCCUGUAAUCCCAACACUUUGGGAGGCCAAGGUGGGCGGAUCACAAGGUCAGGAGAUUGAGACUAUCCUGGCUAACACGGUGAAACCCUGUCUCUACUAAAAAUACAAAAAAUUAGCCGGGCAUGGUGGUGGGCGCCUGUAGUCCCAGCUACUCGGGAGGCUGAGGCAGGAGAAUGGUGUGAACCCGGGAGGCGGAGCUUACAGUGAGCCAAGAUCGUGCCACUGCACUCCAGCCUGGGCGACAGAGUGAGACUCCGUCUCAAAAAAAAAAAAAAAAAAAAAAAAAAAGAAUAUGUUUUAGGCCGGGCGCAAUGGCUCACGCCUGUAAUCCCAACACUUUGGGAGGCCGAGGUGGGCGGAUCACAAGGUCAGGACUUUGAGACCAGCCUGACCAACAUGGUAAAACUCUUGUCUCUACUAAAAAUACAAAAAUUAGCUGGGUGUGGUGGAAGGUGCCUGUAAUCCCAGCCACUUGGGGGACUGCGUGAGAGAAUUGCUUGAAUCCAGGGGGCAGAGGUUGCAGUGAGCCCAGAUUGCACCACUGUACUCCAGUCUGGGCAACAGAGUGAGAAGAGGUCUCAAAAAAAAAAACACUUUUUUUAAUCUAUCCCUAGAUUCUUCUUCAGGGUUGACAAGCAGUUUGAUGUCACUUUAAAAUGGGCAACUCAUACCUUCCCUGUACCACGUGAAACUUUGUGUGCCUAUAUUCUUUUUUUUUUUUUUUUUCCCCCAAACAAACAUUGCAGGGUUGAUCCUAGUCUUGAAAGUUCGGGCCUUUCCUCUUGGCCUGUUUCUGGAGGAAAUGCUCAUGAGGUGGGUGAGAGGCGGAUGACAUCCUGUCGCUCUGGCCUCACCCUGGGGAUGCCACAUGACAGCACCGCAGCAUUUUCAAUAGGUGACCCGCCUGCGAGGAGGAAGGAAAAAUGUGCCCAAGGCCAUUAUGGAGAACAAACACCUAUGCAGUUGGAGAAUGCUGAAGACACCCAAGGGUGUUGUCCUCUCCCUCCUGAGAGAAGCUAAGAAGAUCCAGGCUUAGAGUGCUACAGAAAUAGAGAUUUAGGAUAGAAAAAAAGGAAGGAUUUCCUAACUACCACCAGGGCUAUGAGGCACUGAUAUGACUUAUUUGUGAACACAGUUGUAUAGAAUUGUUAUGUGGCAAAGACGAAGAUCACGCUGGAAUGUCUUUCACGUAUCCCUUGGUGGCAGCAGUGGGCAGCAUAAAAGUACAAGAUGGCAGGUGGAAUCUUUAACCUUGUGGUCUGGAGGCUGCAUGAUAGGGUUGCAGUGUAUUUUCCUUCUCUACAGGCUUGGGCCCUCAUUCUGUUUUCUCACAUUCACUCCAUCCUAGUAUUCUUGAAUCCUGUCUCCCUCCCCUUGAGAUUCUGGCUCUAACUAAAGCCAAAUAUCAGACCAACUUUACCUGUCUUAUUAGACCAAUCACAGGCCGAUUCUUUAUUUUUCUUCUUUUUGAGACAGAGCCUUGCUCUGUUACCCAGGCUGGAGGGCAGUAGCACAAUUACAGCUCACUGCAGCCUGAAACUCCUGGGCUCCAGUGAUCCUCCCCGCUCGGCCUCCCAAGCAGCUGGUAUUAGAGGUGCGCUGCACCACGCCUUGCUUAGUUUUUUUAUUUUUAGUAGAGAUGAGGUCUGCUAUGUUGCCCAGGCCAGUCUCGAACUUGAGGGCUCAAGUGAUCCUCCUGCCUUCGUCUCCCAAAGUGCUGGGAAUAUAGGCAUGAGCCACUGUGCCCAGCCUACAUUUAUUUUUACUUUUUUUUUUUUCUUUUUAGACAGAGUCUUACUUUGUUACCCAGGCUGGUGUGCAGUGGUGCGAUCUUGGCACACUGCAGCCUCGACCUCCUGGACUCAAGUGAUCCUCCCACCUCAGCCCCCUAAGUAACUGGGACUACAAGUGUGCACCACCAGGCCCAGCUAAUUUUUUUUUUUUUUUGGAUUUUUUUGUAGAGAUGGGGUUUUGCCAUGUUGCCCAGGCUGGUCUUGAUCCACUCACCUCAGCCUCCCAAGGUGCCAGGAUGACAGGUGUGAGCCCCCCACCUGCCUGGCUACAUUUCUUUUAAGAGAGAAAAGAUGGUUCAUCAAACUUCAAUAUAGCCGGGUUGAAAAUGUUUCAGACUGGCCGGCACGGUGGCUCACGCCUGUAAUCCCAGCACUUUGGGAGGCCGAGGCGGGUGGAUCACGAGGUUAGGAGAUUAAGACCAUCCUGGCCAACAAGGUGAAACCCCGUCUCUACUAAAAAUACAAAAAAUUAGCUGGGCGUGGUGGCAGGCGCCUGUAGUCCCAGCUACUUGGGAGGCUGAGGCAGGAGAAUGGCGUGAACCUGGGAGGCGGAGCUUGCUGUGAGCCGAGAUCGCACCACUGCACUCCAGCCUGGGCGACAGAGCGAGAUUCCGUCUCAAAAAGAAAAGAAAAGAAAAGAAAAUGUUUCAGAUUUGGGACAUGUGAUAAACUGGUUGCACUGAUGGCUAAACAAUCUUGUAUUUCUGCCUUUUGCAAUGCGGCUUUGCAGCUGCUCCCACCAAGGGGGAAAUCUACUUCCCCGUCCUUCACCACCAGCCCUGUGACUUGCUUUGACCGUGAGAAUGUGACAGAAGUGUUGAUGUGACAGUUCCAGGCCUAGGCUUCAAGGGGCCUUGAGCACUCCUCUCUCUCCAAACACUGCCUCCACUGGGAACACAAUCCUGGACUAGCUGCUGGAAAUGAGAGACUGGGUGAAGCAGGGAUGAAUCAUUCCAGCUAAGGCCAUCCUAGAACAGCCAGCUGCGCUGACAGCUGACAGCAGAGGCAUGAGAAAGCCUACCCCAAAUGACUCAAGACCAGAACUCCCCAGCUAAUUAAACUCAGCCUAAAUUGCUGAUCCCCAAAAUCGUAAACUAAACAUAUGGUGGUUGUUUUAAGCCACUAAGUUUUGGGGUGGCUUUAUGUAGCAUAAUUCUGGUAGUAGGUAACUGUUUCAGAAGACAGGAAUGGUUCUGAUAAUUAGAACCACAAUGACUCCCAUAUUUUUGUCACCAGCCAACACUUCUCUCCCUUGAGUUCCAGACCCAAGUAUCCAGCCACCAACCCAACAUUUCUAUGAUCAGAACCAAGCUCUUGAUAACACCCUAAAAUUUACUCCUCCUAUAGCCAGUCUUUACUGUCUUGAUAAAAUGAAUAACUUUCUAUUUCCAGUUGCUUAGGCCUAAUCCUUGCACUCAUUUUUAAGAUUUCUUUUACAUUCCAUGUCCAAUUUCUUAGCAAAUCCUGUGGGCUCUGCCUUCAAAAUAUAUUCAGAAUCUGCUCACUUUUCACCAACUCUGUGGCUACUACUCUGAGCCAAGCCCCCACCAUCUCUUGACUGGAUUGUUCCAGCAGCCUCUUAACUUAUUGCUGUUUCCAAGUUAAUUGGGCACCUUGUAUGUUACCUGGCAACCCUAACCAGGCAUGCUUCCACUUCACAGCUUUUGCAUCUGCCCAAAUGCCCUUCCCAGAUGGCUGCAUAGCUCACUCUCUGACCACCUUUAAGUUUCUGUUGAGAUGUUAUCUUGUCAAUAUCAAGAGGCCUUCCUGGCCAGGCACAGUGGCUCAUGCCAGUAAUCCCAGUACUUUGGAAGGCCCAAAGCGGGUGGAUCACUUGAGGUCAGGAAUUUGAGACCAGCCUGGCAAACAUGGUGAAACCAGCUCUCUACUAAAAUACAAAAAUUUGCUGGGCAUGGUGCAUGUGUCUGUAGUUCCAGCUACUCGGGAGGCUGAGGCACAGAGAAUCACUGGGAGGCAGAGGCUGCAGUGAACCAAGAUCAUGCCACUGUACUCCAGCCUGGGAAAGAGAGUGAGACUCCGUCUCAAAAAAAAAAAAAGGCCUCCCGGACCACCACAUGUAUUUAUUUAUUUAUUUAAUUUUUUGAGACAGAGUCUCGCUCUGUCGCCCAGGCUGGAGUGCAGUGGCGUGAUCUCGGCUCACUGCAACCUCUGCCUUCUGGGUUCAAGCGAUUCUUGUGCCUCAGCCUCCAGAGUAGCUGAGACUAUAGGUGCGCAUCACCACACUCAGCUAAUUUUUUUUUUUUUUCUGAGACAGAGUCUCGCUCUGUCACCCAGGCUGGAGUGCAGUGGUGCGAUCUCGGCUCACUGCAAUCUCCGCCUCCCGGGUUCAAGCGAUUCUCCUGCCUCAGCUUUCUGAGCUGGGAUUACAGGUGCCCGCCACCAUGCCUGGCUAAUUUUUGUAUUUUUAGUAGAGACAGGGUUUCACCAUGUUGGCCAAGCUGGUCUUGAACUCCUGACCUUGUGAUCCGCCCGCCUCGGCCUCCCAAAGUGCUGAGAUUAAAGACGUGAGCCACCGCUCCCGGCCCACUCAGCUAAUUUUUGUAUUUCUAGUAGAGACGGGUUUCACCAUGCUGGCCAGGCUGGUCUUAAACUCCUGACCUCAGGUGAUCUGCCAGCCUCGGCCUCCCAAAGUGGUGGGAUUACAGGCGUGAGCCACCACGCACAGCCGACCACCACAUUUAAACCUACCUUCCCAUCAUGGUUUGCCCAACCCUCUUAUUUAUUUUUUCUCCAUGGCACUUAUUACAAUGUAACACACUAUGUAUUUUACUUACUUAUUUGUCAUCAAUCUCAAGCCCAAUCCCAGGCAAGCUUCAAGAGGGUUUGGUUUUGCUCUAUUUUGGUUUGCUCGCUGCUGUAUCCUCAGUGUUUAAAACAGCUCCUGACGCUUGGUAGGUACUUGUGGUGGUUGAUUUUCUGUGUCAUCAGAAAAUCUGGGCACCAGGGGGUGCCCAGAUUAACUAUUGUUUCUGGUUGUGUCUGUGAGGGUGUUUCCAGAUGAGAUGAGCAUUUCUGGUGGUGGACUCAGUGGAGUAGAUGGCCAGUGUGAGUGGGCAUCAUCUAAUCCAUUGAGGGCCUGAACAGAACAAAAAGACAGAGGAAGGAGGAGUUCACUCCUAUUGCUGCCUGCCCACCUGCUUGAGCUGGGACAUUCGUCUUUUCCUGCCCUUGGAAGGGGAUUUAUACCACCAGCUACCCUGGUUCCCAGGCCGUUGAGCUUGGACUGAAUUACACCACCAGCUUUUCUGGGUCUCUAGCUUGCAGAUGCCAGAUCAUGAGACUUCCUAGCACCCAUAGUUAUAUGAGCCAAUUUCUCACUCCCCUGAAUGCCAUAUCCCCUUUUUCCAUCUUGGUGAAACAGCUCUCUAACAGUUUAUUGAGAAGCUACUUUUUUGUUUUGUUUUUUGAGACAUUGCUUGUAUAAAAUAUCCUUAUUUUCUCCUUACACUUGAUUAUUUGACUAAAUAUGGAAUUCAAGAUUAGGAAAACUUAUCAGACAGAGUUUUGAGGGCCUUGCUUCCUUGUCUUCCAGCUUCCAGUGUUGCUGUUGAGAAGUCUGAUGCUAUUGUAAUUGUCAAUUCUUUGCUUGUGACUUGCUUUUUUUUUUUCUCUCGUCUCUGGAAGCUUUUAAGAUCUCUGUUUCUGGUCCUGAGAUUUCAUCAUAUUGUGCCUUAGUAGGUGUCUUUUAAAAUUUCUUGUGAUGGAUACUUGGUCAGGCAUUUCAACUUGAAAACACAUUUUUCAUUUCUUGGAAACUUUUUUGAAAAAAAAUUUGUUUCUGGUAUUUUCAUUUUCUCAGCUCUUACUUUCUGGAUUUACUGUCAGCCAGAUGUUGGGUCUUCUAGACCUACUCCUUGAGGGUGAAAUUCAGCAUAAUCUGGGCAUCACACAGACAUCAGGCUUACCAAGGAAGCCAGUUUAUGUCCAGGGCGUCAGGAGGCUAAUGCUUGACUGCAGCCUGUGCCAAUACCUCUCUGCUUCUGUUUCAUGAAUUAAAUGAGAAGUGACCAGUAGGCUGGGGGCGGUGGCUCACGCCUGUAAUCCCAGCACUUCGGGAGGCCGAGGCAGGUGGAUCACGAGGUCAGAAGAUCGAGACCAUCCUGGCUAACAUAGUGAAACCCCGUCUCUACUAAAAAUACAAAAACAAAAUUAGAUGGGCGUGGUGGCGGGCGCCUGUAGUCCCAGCUACUCUGGAGGCUGAAGCAGGAGAAUGGCGUGAACCUGGGAGGCGGAGCUUGCAGUGAGCUGAGAUCGCGCCACUGCACUCCAGCCUGGGGGACAGAGCAAGACUCCGUCUCAAAAAAAAAGAGAAGCGACCACCUUGUUAACCCACUGUAUUAGUCAGGGUUCUCCAGAGGGACAGAGCUAAUAGGAUAGAUAUAUGAAAGGGAGUUUAUUAGGGAGAAUUGGCUCACACAGUCACAAAGCGAAGUCCCGUGAUAAGCCAUCUGCAAGCUGGGGAAGAAAGAAGCCACUGGCGGCUCAGUCCGAGUCCAAAAGCCUCAAAGGCAGGAAAGCCAAUAGUGCAGCCUUCAGUCUGUACCCAAAGGCCCAAGAGCCCUGGCAAACCACUGGUCUAAGUACAAGAGUGCAAAGGCCAAAGAACCUGGAGUCUGAUGUCCAAGGGCAGGAGAAAUGGAUAGAAGCAUCCAGCACAGAAGAAAGAUGAAAGCCAGAGGACUCCAAAAGCCAGCUUAGCCCACCUUCUUCCACCUGCUUUGCUCUAGCCCCACUAGCAGCCAACUGGAUGGUGCCCACCUACAUUGAGGAUGGAUCUUCCUCUCCCUUUCCACUGACUCAAAUGUCGAUCUCCUCUGGCAACACCCUCACAGACAUACCCAGAACAAUACUUUACCAGCUAUCUAGGCAUCCCUCAAUACAAUCAAGCUGCCAUCUAAUAUUAACCAUCACACCCACCUUGUUAGCAUGUGGGUAUGUGUUGAAAGUCUACAGGUUAUGUUGAGAAGCUUUGUGAGAAACGAAUACAUGGAAGCUUCCGGGGGUUAAAGAAAAUCAGAAUACUGGCUGGGCAUGGUGGCUCAGGCCUGUAAUCCCAACACUUUGGGAGGCCGAGGUGAGCGGAUCACUUGAGGCCAAGAGUUCAAGACCAGCCUGUCCAAUAUGGUGAAACGCCAUCUCUACUAAAAAUACAAAACUUAGCCAAGUGUGGUGGUAGUCUCAGCUACUCUGAGGCCCGCCUCAGCCUCUCAAAGUGCUAGGAUUACAGGCGUGAGCCACUGCACCCAGCCUGUCUUUUUGUCUUGAGAAUAUGUCUGCAUUCCUAUUUCUUGGUGCAUCCUGCACUGUCACCAUAGGGCCCGGUGCGUUCUGCCCUGCACAUGCACCAUGUGUAGUGUAAUAGCGAGGCAGCAAGGCACAGAAGGAGGGUGUGUGUUAUUACAUAACAUCAUGUAAGCCCAAACCCUGCCACCCAACCCAGAUGGGAGUUAUUAUACGGUGACAUUUCCCUGCAGUGUCUUGUAACAUUAGACUUCCCUUUUCUUUCCUAGAAUUCUUUACAACACACUUCCCUUGUAUAUAAAUAACUUCUAAAAAUAUUGGAAAGUAGCUGUCCUGCCAGGUUAUAGCAGGAGGUUAGCAUAAGAAGAAAGCUUCAAUUUCCCCCCCCCUCAAUAUUUUGUUCUUCAUUUAUUUAAUAGCAGCCUAGACUUUAAUCUGAGUAUAGUACAAGGUUUGGGGAACACUGCAGGAGUCUGAAAUCAAUAGUGAUGUCAUUAAAUUGCCACUUUAAAUUCGCUUAUCCUGGCUGCUGACACCCCUUCCACUCCCUGGGCAAACUACAAGCUUUUUAACAGCCAACACUUAGUGUGCUCUCUCUCUCUCUCCAUAAACUAACCUAAACUAUAAGAGAAAACUCUUGUCUUGCAUUAUUCUGACUCUAGUCCAGUGCUUUCCAAAGUAUCUGUGGUAAAGGACUGGUUUUCUUUUCUUUCUUUAUUUCUUUCGAGACAGAGUCUUGUUCUGUCACCCAGGCUGGAGUGCAGUGGCGUGAUCUCGGCUCACUACAACCACUGCCUCCUAGGUUCAAGCGAUUCUCCUGCCUCAGCCUCCCGAGUAGCUGGGAUUACAGGCAUGCACCACAACGUCUGGCUAAUUUUUGUGUUUUUAUGUUUUUAGUAGAGUCGGGGUUUCUCCAUGUUGUCCAGGCUGGUCUCAAACUCUUGUCCUCAGUGAUCCACCCGAUUCGGCCUUCCAAAGUGCUGGGAUUACAGGCGUGAGCCACCGCACCCAGUCUCAGGACUGGUUUUCUUUAAAUUUGCAAUCUGUUUGGACUGAUAACUUUCAUAAAAUAUAAUAAAUAUGAAUUAUUAUAAAUGUAAGUUGGAAAGAAAAACAUGCAAAAUACAAUUCCAAAUAACUUUUUUUGUUAUUACAUUGUAUUUUUAGAUUCAAUAAACAAAAUUAUUCUAUCA